CGUCCCCAAAACACAUUUCUUUCCUUUGCCUGCUUUCCUACCAAUACCAUCUCGCCCGCUUGCGUUGCGUGAAUCUGCCCAUUCCUCACCAUUCUAAACACCCCCCUUUCCAUAACAAUGCCGCCGUGGAGGCAGCGCGCGCGGGGCCUCCGGCGGUGCUAGAUCCGCGGCCCAGCACAGCGACGCGAGCCGAGCCAAGGUACCGGGCGGGGACCUCCAGCGGCGCUCAGGAAGGCGCCGAAGAAAACCGUGGCCGCCGGGACAGGCGGGGGCGUCCAAUGCACGAGCACACCCGCGCCUGGGCGUGGGAGGCGACGGUGCGCAAGGUGCAGCAUCCGCAGCCCGUGGGCAGGCGCCGGGUGUCCCCGAUGUCGGCCGCGGACGACUACGAGACGGCGUCGUCGUCCUCGUCGGCCGCCGGCGACGUCUGCGAGCACGUCCACGGCUACAUGGAGCGCGGCCUCCCCAACGGCGACUUCUACACGGGCCAGUGGCGCGACGGCGCGCCGCACGGGGCCGGCAAGUACCUGUGGACGGACGGGUGCAUGUACGAGGGGGAGUGGCGGCACGGCAAGGCCACGGGGCGGGGCAAGUUCUCCUGGCCGUCGGGAGCCACCUACGAGGGCGAGUUCAAGGACGGGUUCAUGGACGGCUCCGGCACCUACACCGGCGCCGCCGGGGACACCUACCGGGGGUCCUGGUCCAUGAACCUCAAGCACGGCAGCGGCAAGAAGAGCUACGCCAACGGCGACGAGUACGACGGCGAGUGGCGCGCGGGGCUGCAGGACGGCUCCGGCCGCUACACCUGGCGCAACGGCACCGAGUACACGGGGCAGUGGUGCGCGGGGCUCAUCCACGGCCGCGGCGCGCUCGUCUGGUCCAACGGCAACCGCUACGAUGGCGGGUGGGAGGACGGCUGUCCGCGUGGCCAGGGGACUUUCCGCUGGGCCGACGGCAGCGUCUACGUCGGCCGCUGGACGCGCGACACUCCCACCGGCAUUGUCCAGCAGAAGGGAGUCUACUACCCGUCCCCGGCGGCGUCCUCCCCGACGGCACGCGAUCCCCGCGACGUGUUCGCCAGGGACCUGCCGGGCUUCAUGGGCGCCAGACCCGACUCCCCGUCGCCGCGCAAGUCACGCGCAUCGUCUGUCAGGGCGGCCAACGGGCGGGCGAGCUCAGCGUCCGGGUUGAGCAACAGUUCCGGCGGCGACAGGAAGUAUGAGAAGAUUUGCAUUUGGGAGUCCGACGGCGACAUCACGUGCGACAUUGUGGACGGGCCCGCCUUGGGAGAUGAGGCGGGGACCGCGCGGAGGAGCGUGAGGACGGACGACGGCGGUGACGACCGGGGCCUGCCGCCACCAUCGCCGGCGCCGCACGUCACACAGUGGGUACCUCCACGGGAGGUGAAGCGACAAGGGGAGACCAUCGCCAAGGGACACAAGCACUACGAGCUUAUGCUAAAAUUGCAGCUCGGGAUCAGGCAUGCAGUGGGGAAGCAAGGCCCAAUUGUGCUUGAUCUGAAAUCGUCUGCUUUCGACCCAAAGGAAAAGGUAUGGACGAAGUUUCCUCCUCAAGGCUCAAAAUACACUCCUCCCCACAAUUCUUGUGACUUCAGAUGGAAGGAUUACUGCCCACAGGUCUUCCGGACGCUGCGCAAGCUGUUCAAGGUGGAUGCUGGUGACUAUAUGUUAUCGCUAUGUGGAAAUGAGGCUCUCAGAGAGCUUUCAUCUCCUGGUAAGAGUGGAAGCUUUUUCUACCUGACAAACGAUGAUCGGUACAUGAUAAAGACGAUGAAGAAAUCUGAAGUGAAGAUGCUUCUGAAGAUGCUCCCAGCUUAUUACAAUCAUGUCCGGGCAUUUGAGAAUACUCUAGUAACCAAGUUUUUUGGUCUACACUGUGUCAAGUUAGCUGGAGCAAAUCAGAAGAAGGUUCGUUUUGUCAUAAUGGGAAAUCUAUUCUGCUCGGAAUAUCCAAUUCAUAGGCGUUUUGAUCUCAAAGGUUCAUCACUUGGGCGCACAACUGAUAAGCCACAUACAGAGAUCGAUCAGUAUACAACUUUGAAGGAUCUUGACCUGAACUUCAUCUUUAGAUUGAAGAAGCAAUGGUUCCAUGAGUUCCAAAGGCAAGUGGACAGGGAUUGUGAGUUCCUUGAGCAGGAGAAAAUCAUGGAUUACAGUCUUCUUGUUGGCGUACAUUUCAGAGAUAACACAGAGAAGCUUCUGACUGAAGGUUCCAUUGACUUUGAUAUCAUCAACAACGUACCGACACCUCGCCUUUCAAAAGGAAAUACAGAUCGGUUUCUUGCUGGUCCAAACAGGUCUCCUAAAAUCAAACUUGGGGCCAACAUGCCUUCGAGAGCAGAACUCACUGCCCGUAAGAGCGACUGCGAACCGCGGAUGAUCGGAGAGCCCACCGGAGAGUGCUACGACGUCAUACUGUAUUUUGGGAUCAUAGACAUACUUCAGGAUUACGAUAUCAGCAAGAGGCUUGAGCACGCGUACAAGUCUUUCCAGCACGACCCAACCUCUAUGUCCGCGGUGGACCCGAGGCAGUAUUCCAGGCGGUUUAAAGAAUUCGUGUACAGAGUGUUUCAAGAAGACGGGUGCGCAGCUGCAGACGCGUUGAGACUUUGGAGAUGCCGCAGCCUCCAUGUGUAGGUGGGUGAACUCUCAAAGGAAGCCCAUCUGGGUGGACUAGAGUUGCCAGAAGCCAGCCUCCAUGUUGAGACUUUGGAGGGUGGCGUGGGUGAGCGUCAGUCAGUGGAAGCCCAUCUGGGUGGACUAGAGUUGCCAGAAGCCAGCCGUCAUCUUUGUCUUCCAGAAUUAUAGUUUUAGCCAUACACAUACGUACAUAGCUCAUCACUAAUGUUUUGUAGGGUAGGGAGGUGUUUAGCUUACAGAUCCAGCUCACAGAUAGAAAGAUUGUAAGACAAGAGCGCAAGCCAGUCGGGAGAUGUAGAUUCUUCAUCACCCGUCCCGAGGUGUUUAGCUUACAGAUUCAGCUCACAGAUACAAAGCUACUGUCUUGAUCGCAACCUCUUAUUUUAACUUAUCGAUAGGAAACCCCUUGUAGACGACGAGUGAGAUCGCUGUAAUGUACAGGGUUUGUGGGUGGCCUACAAGUGAUGGCUCAGUUUUGUUCCUUCUUUGUUUUCUGGAAAUGAAUGAUCUU